UGCUCAUUCAAUCGUGCCUCAGUGGGGCUCUUCUAAAUGCAAAUCAAGCCAUACUUUACAGGCACCACCAUUCUGAAAACUUGAAUUUAACAGUGGUAGCAAACUGCCAAACUUUUCCCCAUCCCCAUCCCCCACCUCUUCAUUUCUUUCCUUUAAUUUAUCCCAACCCCCAAUACCAACCAGCACCAUCAACCACCCUAAAAAAGGCAUAUGAACCCAAACCCACGCAGCCCACGUAUCACAUUUCUCGUCCGAACCAACUUUCCCCCUCCAUCAAUGUCUCUAAACUCCUCCCCGUUCUUUCCUUUGUUCAUCUACCUGUUUUUCACCAUUCUUUUACCUGUUUCCUUCAGUAUAUCCAAUCCAGACGCAGCCAAUGUCCAGCCACUUCCUUUAACAACAUCACCACCAGCAACAAUCCCUGCAUUUCCAGAGCAAUCAAAUGUUGUUGGCUGUCCACUGGACCUACCUGAAGAACUGUUUCACAACAUACAAAGUGCUUGUGGCAUCGGGAUCACAGGGCAGCUCCACCCCAGCCGCUGCUGCCCUGUACUAGCGGCAUGGCUUUAUGCCGCCUACUCUGCCACUGCCCUUGGCAGGGCUGGAAGAGUAGUACCGGCAGUGGCAGGACUUACCCCAUCAUAUGACAUGCCACUGCUUCCUGAUGACUCUGAAACGUGUGUUGAUGAUUUAGGAAAAGCUUUGAGACAGAAAGGGAUAGAGUUGGCCAAACCAAAUGAGACAUGUGAUGUGGUAUAUUGCUACUGUGGCAUCAGGCUACAUCCAUUCAGUUGCCCUGAGUCAUUCUCAGUGAACCAAAAGGGGAACCUUGUCGGGGAUGAGAAUGUGGAGAGAUUGGAAAGAAAUUGCUUAAGUAGCGGCACCAAUGUUAAUGGAUUUCCUGGUCUUGGUGGAUGCAACAAGUGCUUGAAAAGUCUUCAUUUGCUCAACAAGAAGAAUAGUUUGAAUUCAAGCAAGUCAGAGGAGAGGGCCACCAAAAUGCGCAACAAAGACUGCCAGCUGAUAGGUCUCACAUGGCUUCUCGCAAAGAAUCGAACUGCUUACAUUCGAACAGUUUCUGCAGUUCUACGAGCUAUAAUGAUGAGCAAAGAUGGUUCGAACCCUUCAUCAUGCACUCUAAACAGCGAUGGAAUGCCCCUAGCUGUUGAUUCUUUUGAAAUUUAUGAUCAGUCCUCAUCAGUUACCCUCUAUCUAUCCCAACACCUCUCGCUUCUAUUGCUUAGCUUGUUGCUUAUCCACCUGAUAAUAUUAUCAUAAAAUUUUAUUUAAGGCAUUAAUAUAGCUUGACAUUGUAAAAAUCUUUGCUCUUUCUGUUAGUUUCCAAAGUUAAAGCUGUGGUUUUAAUGGGCUUUUCCAUGAAUAGCUAAGAUUUUUGGGUCCAAAAUUUGUGCAAAUUUUCAAUGUGGGCCUUGUUACAUGUGCUUCACUCUGCGCUACUUUGUGUUGGACGGACAAAUUUUGGUCAAAAGUGAUCAUUGUUUGUGGGCAAUUCUAA